AACACUGUCAAACGCCGUUAACUUAAGUUGGCAUCGUCGCCAAAGUGUUUUCGGUCAGAAUAACGGAAAACUAGAGUUUCUUACAAAUGGAACUUUUCAGAAAACAAAUUUAUAAAUAUUUGUCAGCGCUUACGAUACUUUGAUUCGUAUACAGCAAAGCAAAAGCGAGGUAACAUAAACAAACACGAUGUCAUUUGAGAAAUUCGAGACGAAUGGCACCGAUCCGUGUUCCAUAGCCGCUCGGCUCCGAGAACGCUACGGGAACCUCUCGGCUCCAUCCAUUAAAGAUGUUACCAUAAUCAAGAAGCCGUCGUCGAAAUCAUUUAAGUCCUUUCCCCUCACCGAAUUGGAGGCCGAGCAGCAGGAGUACCUCCAGUUCAAGGAGGAUCUGUACAGAAGUGUAUCCUUGAAUCGGGAGAUCAAUAUCCAGAUUCAGUCGGAGGAGCGUCUAAAGCUCAAGAACGAUAUGUCCGAGAACCACGGGAGCACCAGGAUCUGCAUAUGCCAACGUGCUCCCACCGCCUACGAAUGUGAUCGUUGUCAUCAGUAUUUCUACGGUCGCAUCUCCGAGAUUUGCGAGAAACAUCCCCACGAAUUAUUUCUCAUGGACCUUCGUGGCUGUCCAUGUUGCAUGGCUCCUAUUCAGUUGAUAAAGAAGGCGCCUAUCAGCUGGGAGGCUAUACGUAAAUUUGAAGACGGCGAUUUGCCCAGUGAUGACGAUCUAUAAUUCAGAGUUUGACACUCCAUUGCAUAUUACCUUUAAAUACAUUAAUAAAUGUAUAAGUUAACUUUAA